AUGGGCUCGGAAGAUUGGGACGACGUAUAUUUUAUGGUCGCGAACAGAAGACAUGGAUCUCAGCAAGGUAUUCCGGAUGUCUUCCACGUACCUCAAUGUGAUGGCAAUGAUGUGUUCGAGCUGAGCGCAGAUGAGCUUCAACAUUUUUUAUCUACAGGGGCAAUGACAUCUGUGUCGUUCGUGAAGCAUUGUCUUGAGAGAAUCAGAAGAGUAAAUCUAUACCUCGAAUGUGUCAUCGAGACCAACCCAGAUGCCCUUGAGAUUGCCCAACAGCUAGAUGAGGAGCGAGCAAAUGGCAAAACUCGGGGACCUCUUCAUGGUAUCCCCGUCCUUGUCAAGGACAAUAUGGCAACGAAGGACAAAAUGCAGACGACUGGUGGCUCUUGGGCAUUGCUUGGUGCCGUUGUUCCCAAGGAUGCACAUAUUGUGCAUCUUCUGCGUAAGUCAGGCGCCAUUAUACUGGGACACUCCAAUUUGGAUGAGUGGGCUGGCAUGCGCUCUAAGAUCUACUCAAACGGCUACUCUGCACGAGGCGGUCAGACCAGGAACCCAUAUAUGCUCAGUCGUAGCCCCCAAGGAUCAAGCUCUGGCUCUGCCGUCUCAGUUUCGGCCAAUAUCGUGCCACUGGCUUUCGGCACAGAGACUGACACUUCUGUCAUCUGGCCGGCCAUGGUCAGUGGUAUUGUAGGCAUCAAGCCCACGGUUGGCUUGACCUCUCGGAGCGGUGUGAUCCCAAUCUCAGAAACACAAGACUCGAUCGGAACAUAUGGCAGAUGUGUAUCUGAUGCUGCUCGUGCUCUGGAUGCCAUAGCUGGACCUGACCCAGAAGACAAACACUCUGUGGUACCUGAGAGACGUCAGCCUAAAAGCUACGUGGAUAGCUUGACCACCAGAAAAGCGCUCUACGGUGCGAGAUUCGGUCUUCCCAUGAAACGCUUCUGGGAACUCGUGCCAAAACAGCAAAGAAAAGUGGCCGAGAAGGUUCUGCGGUUGAUCAAGAAUGCUGGAGCAGAAAUCAUUCCAGUCGAGAUGCCAUGUGCCGAAGAGCGUAUCGCGCCUGAUGGCGGAUGGGACUGGGAACACGGCAAAGAAGAAGUGUCAGAAUUCACCAUCAACAAAGUGGAAUGUUACUAUCUGAUGAACGACUAUCUCAGCAAACUCAAAAACACAAACAUAAAGACCGUCGAAGAUGUUGUUCGCUUCAACGAUGAGAACUCGGGAUCCCAAGGAGCCAAUCCGGGCGACCAUCCUGCAUUCCCUUCUGGCCAGGACAACUUCCGCGAAGUAGUUGAGGCAAAAGGUAUCAAGACCCCAGCCUACUAUUCAGCUUUCCACCACAUGCGAAAACAAUGCCGUGAGAACGGUAUAGACGCCGCCCUCUCCCCCACCAUAAACGGCAAAAAGACCCCUCUAGACGCCCUUCUCUUCUGCGAUGUCCGCGGCGCAGGUCAACAAAUCGCCGCUCAAGCUUCCUAUCCAAUAAUAACCAUCCCCAUCGGUCUCGACCCCGAUGGCAUACCCAUAGGUCUAAACCUCCAACACACAGCAUGGCAAGAAGCAACACUAAUCCACUGGGCAUCCGCAAUCGAAGACCUCGUUCACGCGGAACUCGGACCCAGAAAUCCUCCGAGAUAUCAGGAUUAUUUGGCAAAAAAUGUGCCGGUGGAGAAUGAGUAUAGGUAUCCGGGUGCGCCGCCGAGGUUUGGGGAUAGACCUCCUGUGUGCUGA